AUGUUUGAUCAUGACGUCGAAUAUCUGAUCACUGCACUCUCUUCCGAAACGAGGAUCCAGUAUGAUCAACGCCUGCUAGACGAAAUCGCGGCCAAUGUGGUAUACUACGUCCCAAGAGUCAAAUCCCCCGACACUUUGUAUCGCUUGGUCGGAGCACUUUUCCGAUCGCAGUUCAUUGUCCAAUUACCACCACUACGCCUUUUGCACAUCGUCAAAGAUGUUUUCCUUUGGAAACUGGAAGUUUCUGAGCCCACGCUCCCAAUUUCGAAGUUUUACUUGGUUUGGAAUGCUGUUUUCGAAUCUCACCGAGCCACGUGGAACCUUUCACAGUUGAUGGUUUUGGAUGGUGUACUAGUCACAUACCCGAGCUUCAAACAAUUGAACAACGCCUAUUUUAUUGAUGAAUCCAGCAACAAAACUGCGCUUUAUUACAGAAACUGGAAAUUACAACUGUUUUCACCAAUAUGGGCGCAGCUAUGGAAUACUGCCAUUGUCAGGGCUAAUUUAUCGAUUCAGCAUUGCCUUCUGAUAGCAUUAGCUUUACUUUUUAAUCAGUCAAACCGAAGCGCCCUUUUGCAUGGAGUUGACGUAUCAUGGAAUUUGGUCACAGAGAAACUAUUGGACCUUUUGGAAGAGUAUGUACACGGCAUUGUGCAGCCGAUGGAAAUUUUUUCGACUGAUUCAGUCUUAUCAACCAACUUGAAUCAUUUGGCCAGUUGCUUGACCAGUUCAAUCACGAGGUCAAAUGAGGCAACUUUGGUAAAUUCAGUACGCAAACUAGAAAGGAUAUGUCGAUACUUGUCCGAUACUGUGGCUUCGUUGAAAGAACAACAACUAGAUUUCAAGUUCCAAAAUGUAUUUAUCCUGAUAAUCCUCGCGUUAAAAGAAUUAUCCGCCAUGAAUAUGACAAUACUGCCUAACCAUAAAGACACUUUUUAUUCUAUGAUCUGUUUAAGCCUUUUCCACGUCCACGUAUUGACUCAAAAAAUCGGGACAGUCGGUUUUCCCAGUUACGAUUAUGUUUACGAUAAUUUAGUAACGUAUUUCAUUGUCAUGGAUGACUUGUCUAAAAUCACUACAGUUUUGGAACUAAUGAAAAGAAACAACACCAAACAAGAUCCAAAUAAAUUAGUGUUUUACAUCAAUUUUCUAAACAAAAUUACUAAUUACUAUGGGUGUCGCAUUCGUUUGCCGUUUAUUACUGAGUUUAUCGAACCUUUACUGCAUUUCGAUGUAUUUUUUAGCGGGAAGACGGGCAAUACCUUGGAUAUUGAAAUCAAAGAAUCUAUACACACAUUGACAAUCACUGUACUGUCUAUAGACUCCUCUUAUUCCUCACAGGUUGCACAAUGGCAAGUAUCCCGCAUACUCGUCUAUUUAAAGAUGUCGAUGGACCAAUUUAUUGCAGGUAAAUUGUCCGCAAAUCAAAUUUUACUUAUAUUCGGCCAUCUAUCCACACAACUUCCCUCACUACAUAAUUAUAACAAGCAUUUGCUUAGGGACUCUUUGCACGAGACGUAUAUCAGAAUUGUUAAUGUAAAAAACCCAGAAAAGAAGAAUGUAUUGAUUGAAUGUCUGAUUGUACAAAUAGCCUUUAUCAACAAUCCUCAUCAUUUGAUCGGCUGGUUGAACAUCUGUCUCCAGCUAAUCAAUACACAUAACAAAAAGCUACUUCAACAAUUGUGGGAAAUGGUUUCGAGUCUAGAAUCCUCCCUAGCCAUCGACUGGUGGUACACAACGGUCUUAUCAAGUCAAUCUUCUAAAUUAUAG